CCUCCGGGCUCCCCGUGAAACUUGGAGAUAAAAUUGCCUCGGUCCUCUGGAUUUUUUUAAAAAAACAUUUCUUCUGGUUCACAAAAACUCUUCGGCUCCACUGGCAUAGAAACUACUAGAAAACACAUCGUCGAUGACACUACAGGUCCCGGCAGGUCUUCAGUCCCUUCGCUAGGCUGGCAGAGUUCUCCGCAAAGAAAAGCCGGAGUCUUUGAAGCAAAGCAGGAUUGACUGAAAUCGGGACUGGGGAACUGGAGACGGGACAGCCGAAGGACCAGAAGAAAAGAUAGGCCGAGGAGCAGGAGGACAGAGCGUGGGCAUGAACAGGAAGUGGUACCGGGCAGGGCUCCGGGGGCGUGGAAACAGCCUGCCAUCACCUUUCAGGCACCGGGCGCUGGGGAAUCUGCGUUCCAGACCCCGGCGCGCGCUCUGCAAAGUCGGGGCUCCUGCAGGAUCCGUGACGAUGGCGCAGACCGCUGGCUCCAAGGCGGGUCUGGGCUUCCUGGGUCUGCUUUUUUCUCUCUGGUUGUGCCCGGCGGCCUGCGAUACUCACUCUCUUUGCUAUAACUUCACCAUCAUUCCAAACCCCAGCCCUGGACACCCCUGGUGUGUGGUUGAAGCCCAGGUGGAUGCAGAGGAUUUUCUUUCCUGUGACUGUGGUGUUGCUCAGAUCCAAUCCGUGAGUUCCCUGGGAGAGGAGGUGAAAGGCACAAAGAACUGGGAGAUACAGAUCGAAACACUCAAAGACGUCGGGGACUUCCUCAAGGCGCAACUGCCUGACAUCAUGCCGGAGAACUACACGGCCAGUGACCCUCCCACGCUGCAGGUCAAGGUGACGUGCCAGUCUCAAGAUGAUGGACACACGAGUGGAUCCUGGAAAUUUGCCUUCAAUGGACAGCUCUGCCUCCACAUCGAUUCAGACAAUAUGAACUUGACCGUAGUUCACUCUGGAGGCAGACGGAUGAAAGAGAAGUGGGAGAGUGACCGGACUGUGACCAGCUUCCUCAGGAAGAUAUCCCUGGGUGACUGCAAAUCCUGGCUCACCCAUUUCUUGGUGCACUGGGAGAAAAUGUUGAAGACAGCGGCAUCACCAACUACAGCGCCCCCCACAGCCCAUUCCAAGGGUGCAGCCAUCAAGCCCAGCGCCUGGUUCCCACUCCUGGUCCUGGUCCUGGUCCUCGCGGGGCUCGUGCUAACUGUCCUCCUGGGCUGAGUCCUUUACAGGUGCAGGUGAAAGGUGCUGCCACGACGCCCCAACAGGGUGGUCGGCCUCAGAGACUCGCCUUUGCCUCAGCUGCUUUGAGCUCCUGCUGUUCACCCUAGAGCCCAGGAGUUCCGACACUAUGAACCCGAGCCUGCGGUUUGAUCCGCGUGAUACUCAGAUACACUUUGUUGUGUCCCUGCUUGCACUUUGUGACCAGUUUACUUGGCACUUUUUUUUUUUUUUUUUAUAAAACCUAUGUUACCUCUUUCUCUUGGCACUAAGGAAUGAAAUCUCUGCCCUGAGAUGUUCAGCUGCUUGAACAAGAAAUCUCAGCAAAAAGGACAUUUUCCAUCUCUGGCUUGUGGAAGAUCUGACUCCUCUCUGCGUCAUGACCUUGUCCUUGCAAAUGACGGCCACUGCCAGAGAAAUACCAUGUGCCAUCACAGAACCUCAGGGAUUCUUUUUAAAUAAGUAUAGUAUGUUUAAAUAGGAUGUAAAUUAUCUUUGACUCUUUCCGUUAGUAACUUAUAACUCUAAACUUAUAUUUAAGUAAAUGUUUCUAUAUUCCAAAAAA